CCCACAUGGCCUCAAAACUCACCACUGCGCUUUCCACCGGGAAUAUCUAAUUAACACGGAACAUGGCUGAGAUGACGGCGACGGUGGCGUUAAAAACUCCGCUGAGGAGAUCCUUCAGCGAGCAUGUGAAAGUCUCCACCAAUAAGGCUUGGGAUGCCUUCUGGAGGAGCACGAGGGAGAGACGGCUGUGGGAGAUUGAAGCCAAGGAGGCCUGCGAUUGGCUGCGAGCAGCCGGCUUCCCUCAGUAUGCGCAGUUAUUCAAAGACUGCAGGUUCCCGAUAGAUACCGAAUUGGCCAAGAGGGAUCACCGGUUCCUGGAUAAGGAUGCUCUGGAUUCCCUCUGCAGGCGAUUAAUCACUUUGAAUAAAAGUGUGGAAAUGAGGCUGGAUUUGCCUAAACCAAAACAUCAAGUAGAUGAAGACUUUAUUGAUGAAGAUUUCUGCGCCAUCAGCCCAAGUUGGACCUACGACAGGCAGAUGCGACAAUGGCGACGCAUAGAUUCUCCUAUGGACUUCCUCCGCUUGUCUGACAGCUCCAGCACUACUCAGGACAUAUCUCUGUGUGAUACCAGAGACCACCAUGAUGUCUGCUCCAUCCACAGUUCCAGCAGCACCGAGAGCGAAAACCAAAACAGGCGCCAUAAGAAUCACAGAGAAGAUGCUGUUAACCGAAGCAUCGCAGACGAUCAGGGGACCAGCAGAAGCUCAUCACGCUGCUCCUCUUCAAAUAAGGCUCCAUCUCUGGAUAUCUCAUUCAGUGGACCGCCUUCACCCGGAGGUGGAAGUGGCGGAGGGUCAUCCAUGAGUCUGGAAGCUGAGGCCUGCAUCACAGAGAAACCACCUCGGAAAAAAGGCACCAGUCUGCUAAGGAAAAUGGAGAAACUGCGGCUGAGAGGGACAACGGGUCUCCUCUCCCUUCCCAGGAACCACGGGAGUUUAGCUCAGCGGGGUGUCCGAGAAACUGAAAGUGACGGGAGGAAUGAAAUGGGUCCAUCAAGCCAUGCAUCUUCAUCACCGUCGUCGCCACACCCGAUGAGCAGCAGCAGCAGCAGUAACAGCCAUUCUGAGAGCAGCAGCGUUGUCAGUACGCCAAGCCCCGUCACGCGUGUCCGGAGUAACUGCAAACGCUGUAACAACGGUUCCGAAAACGGCAAUGGAAUGACACACAACAACAACCAGAACAGGAACACGGAAAACAAGGACUACAAGGACCAGAUCAACAACAACAUCAGCCAUGAGAGCCUGCUCUUCCACAUCCCCCAUGGACACAAACCGGGAACUUUCCCUACUUCUCUUGCACACAAACACAACCUCCUGUCCCCCAUCAUCGAUGAAACCUCCAUCAACUGGAGGACUGGUAGUUUCCACGGUUACCAGAGCCGCCGCAGUUUCCGUCGGGGCAUGGCGUCGCCCGCCACGUCCUCGCCCUCUCCCUGCGACGCCGGCAUACGGCUGAGUAUCUACGAUAACGUUCCAGAUGACCACCAAAUGUCUGAAAGUGAAGGUGGCAGCGGUGGAAGCGUUAGCGAUGCAGAGCGAACGGGGGAUGAAUCCGAGGUAACUCGACUGUUAGUAGGCGAGGAUGUAUUCUCCGCUCUGGACACGGUUUUGGAAAGGAUCAACGACCUCCAACAACUUGUCUCCACCUGGACUGAAAAUCUAUCUGAAGAUGACUCUCAGCAAGAUUCCACUUCCGCCUCCUCUUCUUCUUCUUCUACUUCCUCCUGCUCCCACGAUUCACUGGCACAUUGCUCUUCAGCCUCCUCACCUACUCACAUCCAUCUGGAGGUGCAGCAUUCGGAGGAUGAGGAGGAGAGCUGUGAGAAGAUCAGAGACGAGUCAAAGACCACAUCACCGCAAGACAAGAGCAGCAGAGUCAGCCAGCAGCUGCACUGGUCCAGUGAGCAAAGCCUACCCGCCCUGCCAACCAGUCCAGGCGUGGAGAACCAGUCCGUCUCCCAGUUUCUUCUGCUGCAGAAGCUCGCCUUGCUCAAACUCACCACCCUAAUGGACAAAUACUCCCCAUCCAGCAAGCAAGGCUGGAAUUGGACUGUUCCCAAAUCACAGAGGAAGACUAAGGAGGCGCAGGCGAAAGAGCGGCGGGUUUUUGGUGUUCCUUUGCUUGUCAAUGCACAGCAGACAGGAGAGCCCCUCCCUCCCAGUAUUCUCAGGGCGCUUGUUUACCUGAGAACACAGUGUUUGGAUCAGGUGGGUCUUUUCCGGAAGUCAGGGUUGAAGUCUCGGAUCCAGCACCUCCGCGAGAUGCUGGAGUCCAACCCGGAUGGCGUUUCCUAUGACGGACAGUCAGCUUUCGACGUGGCCGACAUGGUGAAGCAGUACUUCAGAGACCUGCCUGAGCCCAUCUUCACCUUCAGGCUGUGCGAGUCCUUCCUCCAUAUUUACCAAUAUUUCCCCAAAGAUCAACAGCUGGUCGCGUCCCAGGCGGCUAUCUUGCUGCUGCCCGAUGAGAAUCGGGAGGCGCUACGAACGAUGCUCUUCUUCCUGCGAGACGUGGUGGCCUGCGUGGAGGAGAACCAGAUGACCCCCACAAACAUCGCCGUGUGCCUGGCGCCGUCGCUAUUCCACCUCAACGCCCUGAAGAGAGAUGCCGGUGCGGCAAGAUCGGGUCACAGGAAGCACAGCCUAGGCCGCCCGGACCAGCGUGAUCUAAGCGAGAACUUGGCUGCCACCCAGGGACUCGCCAACAUGAUCACAGAAGCCCAGAGACUUUUUCAGAUUCCAGAGUUCUGGCCGGCUCAGUACUUGAGCUCUGCAGGCCAGACCGAUGAUCUUCUGAAGGAGGUGGUGGGAUCAGAGUCGCCCGGUUCUAGUAGAUGUGAGGACGAGCUGGAGGACAGGAGGCAGAAGCUGCAGAUGAGCACUCAGAUCCUUCUGAAAGAAACCAGGGAGAAGAGCCGAGGCUGGGAGAACCAAACAGCUCCGGAGGAUGUGACGCUGGCUGCCAAGAAGAUGGAUAAUGGUUGCCCCCUGUGGAUGUGGCGUGGCUCAGUGGAAGUGGAAGCCCACCAGGAGGAUUUGUUUCACCGUCUGCUUCGGGAACACGAGCAAUGGGAGGGAGCCUUGCACCAGCCCGCCGUAAUACACACCUUGGAUAAAGAUGCUGAGGUCUAUCGCUACUUCCUCCAGGGACAGGGUCACGGUCUGGGGUCCUGCUCGUCCCGGGAGUACCUCCUGCUCAGGACCUGGCAGACUGAUCCUUCCUGCGGCCCACUUCAUAUAUCCUCUGUGUCUAUUGACCACCCCGAGGUGCCAAUAGAGGGGGUCAGAGUCCACACACACUCCUGUCUCUACCUGCUGCAAUCCAUCGGAGUUAGGAGGACUCGGCUGACGCACUUGUGUCGAACUGAUGUAAAGGGGCGCUCACAAGAGUGGCACCACAAAGUCAGCGGACAUCGUCUGGCUGCGGGUCUGUUGGCGAUCAAACACUCCUUCAGAGCCGAGCACCAAGAGACCGCGAUGUGAUUGGAGAGUUUUUUUUUAGUGCAUCAACAAGGUAUCCCUCGAAAACACACAGCCGGGAUAUUUCCCGACAUCACUUGCCUCUUGGAGUUUUUCCCAUUGGAGGCCUUGAAAGACGGUGAGCGUCUCCCCGAUGAGACGUGCUCAAUUUCAUGAAUAAGGAUGGCCCACAGACGCACACAAAUGCAGGAAGUAAGGACAAAAAGAAUGAAGUCUGGAUUUUUGUAUUUAUUUUUUGCUGAUCUGAGAAACCCCCAGGCGGAAGGAGGCGCCGUAGCUAUAUCUACCUCUCCACAGGGUGGCGCCAAAGACAAUUUUGGACGCAUCUCAGAGAGGUUAUUACAAAAGGUGCAUCGGAAUUGUCAUAAUUGUUCCACUCUAUUUAAUUCAACUAUAAAUAUCAGAUAUUUAAAUCAAUGCUUUCAACAAAGUGUACUUGAUUAAAGAGUUUUUUUCUC